CUAACAUACGGUUCAGAUGCGGUUUGGUGAGUGGUUUCAGAGGUUUAGCAAACGUAAAAUAUAAUAAUCUACUGAAAAAACCUUAACACUGUCAGUUACUUCAUAGAUGCGAUAAUGCCCCUAAAAUGGUUAAGUCCUUUAUUCACACAGUGUCUCCUGACGUCGGGUGUAAGCCUCAACCUCCUGACGCAUGGCCUGGUGAUAGGGUACACUUCAGUACUCCUGCCUCAGCUGAGAGAAACGACCGAUAUUGACGAAGCGUCGGCGACAUGGAUCGCGUCCAUAUUCGGCAUUUCCCUUAUGAUUGGCGCAUUAGUAGUCACUUUCUUUAUGAACAAGUACGGCCGGAAACCUGCAGGCAUCGUCAGUGCUGCGCUUAUGACUGCAGGAUGGCUCAUCAUAGCAGUAACGGAGAGUGCAUACAGCCUCUUAUUAGGAAGAUUUCUCCAAGGAUUCGCCAUGGGUCUGAUGUCUAUUACAGGCAACAUUUUUAUUGGAGAAUGCUGCAGUCCCAAAAAUCGAGGAGUUCUAUUGACAACUAUGCCUCUAGCCAUAUUUCUUGCUGUUCUAGUUGUGCACUGGUUGGGAACCAUCAUGUCGUGGCAGAGGAUUGCCCUGAUAUCAGCUUUCGUAGCGUUUGUAGACGUAAUAAUAAUAUUUAUAUCACCAGAAUCGCCAAGUUUUUAUGCGAUGAAGGGAAGGUAUGACGAAUGUCGGAAAACCUUUCAUUGGCUACGAGGUCAUUCAGAAGAAGAGGAAUUGGAGAAGCUUAUAAAAAUGAACAAGGCCAGGAGAUCAAACGAAGCUAUUACUUCCAAUGAAAGCGUAUUAGACAAAGUUAAAAAGAACCUAGCUUUCAUUAAAACCAUAUACCGUAAACGGGAAGUUUAUAAACCAACUAUAAUUAUGAUGCAUAUGAACACCAUGUCCGCAUGGGCUGGUGGCAUGACAUUUGUUACAAAUGCAAAAGAUAUUAUUGACAGUAUAAUAGGUAAAGAUAGUAGUUAUUUCUCAGCCAUAAUUGUGUCGAUAGAUAUUCAGAUGGUGGUAUCAUGUAUGCUAACAAUGUUUGUUAUUAAGAGGUUGCGUAGGAAACUGGUCCUUUUAUGGGCAUAUUCCGUUAAUUUGACACUUUACGUCAUCAUCGCUCUAUACGUUUAUUUGAAGACACAUGGCUUACUGAGUUUCGACCAUCUUUUCAUAGGGCUGACAUUGCUCCAUCUGCAUAUGGCAACGAUAGUGGUGGGUGGCUUAGCCCUUCCGAAUAUAAUAUCUGGAGAGAUAUUCCCUCUGGAAUAUAGAGGUAUCUGUGGACUUAUAGGAGUUUUAUUCUUCUCAAUCAAUGAAACUAUCAACAUUAAGUCAGCGCGAUAUUUGUUCGCUAGUAUAGGAGUGGAAGGGGCGUACUUGUUAUAUGCGGUGUUGGUGGCGUAUUGUUUUACAAUAGUGGUGAUUUUAUUACCAGAAACAAAAGACAGAAGUGUAAUAGACAUAGAGGAGGAGUUUCGGGGUAAACCGCUGGUUACUGAAAUGAAAUUAAUGGAAAGCAAAUGCUAAGAAGAACUUAAGGUAAAAACAACAAUUUGAUAAGAACAUAAUGUUUAUAGCGUGUAAUUAUGCCAUAAGAAUGCGCAUUUCAAAUGUAGGUACAGGAAAAUGUUUUUACUGAGAGUUUUGCGGAGUAGACAGGUAGGUAAUAAAUACGCCAUUAUGCAU